UGUCUAUCCUAGAGUUCACUCGUAAAUCUGGCCAAUCGCAUGAGAUCUAACGCGCACUAAGUAGAUGUUUACAAAUGGCGUCUUACGAUACCUUUGACAGUAAUAAAAAUGGAUACAAAAAACACUUUUUAAACGAGAUAUUGAAAGGAUCAUAUAUCGCAUAGAUCAAGGCCAGAUUCUAGUAUUUAAGUCAGUAGCACAUUGAAUGACAAUAGACUAGAUUUAGAGUAAUCUAGACUCAUAUCUUUUUAGUUGUAAAAUUUCCGACGGAUAAGGGAUUCCGAAAAUAUGUAUGGAUCUUUUGAUAAAAGGAUAACACUCUAAGCUAGAUAGGGAUAAAGUAGCUAUGGCUUCCUUGGCACAACCAGCUGCUGGUAAAAAGGCACAAGACAGGCAGAUGGAAAAGAUUCAACAACAACUCUUGACCCUAGAGAAACAGAAUGCUGAGAAAAUCCUCCUCAUGGACAGAUUGGAACAGUUGAGCAGAAUGGACACAGAGAGAACACAGAGAGUGCUGGAAAGAGCUUCAAGCAGUAACAGAACACUGAAAGAUGAAAUUGAAAGAGUAUAUGGACCAGAUGAAAACAGUCCAAGAAAUGUAAACAACAAAAUUGUCCAUGAAAUUAUUGCUAAAAGAACUCAAGAUUUUGAACGUUCAAAGGCAGAGAAAGCACUACACAUGCAGCUAUUGGUUCAAGAAAGACUAAAAAUUCUGGAGGCACGUGACAGACUACGAGCAAAGAAAGAAGUUUACAGAUCUCUCCCAUCUCCAAUUGGAAACAACAUAACUGUCAUUGAGAUGGCACCUCGAGGCAGAUCAUCUGGCCACCGCAGCGUCCACUCAGGCGGAUCUUAUGUUAAGAAAGCAAUAGAGAGCAUGCCAGAUGCUAUGGACAGAAUCUGGAAUUUAAGAGACAGCCUACAUGAUGAUUAUGUUAAAAAGAGGAAGCCAUACGCUGGUGAAUUAGGAAUAGCUUCUUAUCUACCAAGACAGAUUCCAAGUUAUUUGCUGGUCAGAAAACUUGUUGAGGAUUUCGUAGACAAUUUUAUAGUCACCAACAUUCCACCUGAUCACCAAGUUCAGAAAAAGGACCUAAAACGGAAAAAACUCAAUGAAAAAGAGAAGGAUUGGGAAAAAACAUCUAAACUUUUAACAGAGAGAGCAGCAGUGCAGCUUGUUGCAGAGGAGCUACUUCUAGAGGUCACAAGUUCAAUGACCAAAGAUGUAGCCAGUGAAGGAAUUCAUCAAGACCUCUUGUUCAAGAGAAUGUCUGCAAAUAUGUUUAUUAGAGAAGCCGAGGCUCAAGCCACUGGAGAUCCCAGAGGAAGAGAUCCCAAUGACCCAGCAUAUGAUCUCAUCACUCGUACAUUUUACACUCUACAGAAGAACAGAGAUAAUUUCAAAAAGCACAUUUGGACGCACUCUCAGUUGACCAAGCUUAGUGGCCCACCACCUCCUCAAAUCAUACAAAUUGUCACCCCACCAGUAAAAACAAAAAAGAAAAAGAAAGUCAACAUACCACCAGAGGCUCCAGUCUCUGCUCCAAAAUUAACAACAGUAGUUCAUCAACCAAUGGAGGCAGAUGUCCAACUCAUCACAUAUGAUCACCUGCAUCCUGUUGACCUGAAAUCCUCUGAUGCCAGACCCACUGAUGGGGCUUCCAUUAAAAAGCAGAAAUUCUGGAAUGAUGUUUAUGAGAGGAGAGAAGCAAAGUACUGGAGUAAGUUAAAACCAGAUGUGUUCAUUUUACCUAUGGCAAGGCGAUGUCUUGGAGUCACUGCUAUAAGACCAUCACCUGAUCACAUGCAACUUGCUGUAGGAAUGAAAAGUGGUGAUGUAGUAGUCUAUAACACGCAAGUACACCCGUGGAGGAUUGUUAAAAUAGACUGUAGCCAAGAAGCUGACGGCCAUGUUGUUCACCUGGCCUGGUCCCUUGAUUCUUCUAGACUUUUGGCAGUGAAGCAUUCUGGAACUGUCACAGUUUGGCUGACUAUUGGCCAUCCUGCAAGUAAAGAACACUUGAGACUUAUGGAAUUAACAGCUAAUGAAACAAGAGUUCAGCCAUUUUCUCUUCUACACCUUCACACUUUCAAUGCAGCACAAGGGGACUUAACUCUAACAGAAGGACCACUAGUUGAACAAGGCUCAUCAAGAGGCCAAGAAAAGGCGACUCUGGCAGCUUUUUUUCCCUCUUUGACAUUGUUUACAACACAGCAUUCUGUGUGUACAGCCCUACAGAAUGGAGAUGUACUUAAGUUAGAUCUUGAAACAGCCAACACAGAUACAAAUCUACACAAGUCGCCUAUAUUGUUGAAACCAAAGAUACAAACAAAUGUGCAAGUGCCGAAUUUAGUGAGGCAAAAAAUUGAGGCUGAGCUGUUGAGAGAACACAAGCAUCCAAUAAUUCAUUUAGACUUUGUUGGAAAUAUUGGCAAAAUGAUUACAGUUGAUAGAUCAGGUCUGAUCUGUUUGUGGAAAUAUGACAAGGCACAACUGUCUGGUUUUGAGUGGUUUUUGCCAGAGAAAAAAUAUCAACUAAAAAUGUCUAAAAUCUCAUAUGCUCCUUCACCAGAAGGUAUAUAUAAGGUUCUAUUUACGGAUAGAAAAGGUAGAACAGCUCAUCAGGGUAAAAUAGCUCAGGAAAGAAAACAAGCUCAAAGAGAUCUGAUUAGGAUGAAUCUUUCUGAUCCCUGGCAUGUAGUUCAUGGUGCUAAUGAACUUGAUACUUACAUCUAUGAACCUCCUGGUGGGGCUCGUAAUACAACCUCAGUUUUCCAUAUUGUGGUGAGACAUCGAAAAACUCAGCAGCUGUCUAGCUACAAGACAUUCUUGUUCCAGCCUGUCCAGGUCAAGUGCUCAAGACUUUUAGUUGUCAAACAAACACCCUCAGGAAAUAAUUUAGUUUUCAUUCUUCUUUUUCCUGCUCAGUCUCCCAAAAGCCCUCACCUGACAAUACUUGUGCUAGACCUUCAAACCAUGAAACUUCAUAACAUUAGGAAAGAUCUGGAUAUAACUGUUGAAGAACAUGACACUUUGAAUGAAGUAAAAAUAUUUUCAGCUGAUGUCACUCAGACAUAUGGCCCCACUGGAUCUGAAUAUCUCUUCAUAACUCUAAAUGGCCGCCUAAGUUGCAUAUCUCUCAAUACAGGGGCUCUAACUCUGUGUUUAGACAGCUUAAAAAAACCUCAAGUGCCUAGAUUCUCAGGACUGAGAGUGAAUAAGAAGCUCUUGACACUUACUAAGUAUUACCAGGUGGCCAGUAUUGGCAACUUUGGAGCUCUACAUGCAAUCAUGUUUGAUAGGGAUACACCUCAGCUAACUGUACUCAAACUUGAAGAUGAGAAUUUACCUGAAGAAACUAGACAGAUGACUAAAGCCUACCAGCUCUGGGGAGGUAAGUCAUGUCCAUCAGAGCUGAGAGUUAACCCUGUAGAUUGCUCUCUUCCUGACAUGAAACAUAAAGAAGCAGAGAUGCGAAGUCUGAUCUUGUCUCUACUCCCUCCGGAUGAAGAGUUGUCAGUAAAAGAUCGGGAAAAAGAAAAGAAUGAAAACUACCUCUCUCUGACACAAAAGGUCAGAAAACAGGCUCUUCUUAGUGACCUUUAACCUCAGGAACACUAUUAACUCUCUACAAGCAGCAGUCAACAUUUGAACUUUGACAAGUUCCCUGAUGUACAUUCAUAAUUUUUGUUAUAAUCAUUGCCUUUUUUUAAAGAUAAAAUAGCAGAACAUGGCAAAAUAUUCCAUUCAAUCAUUUGUUUGAAAAUUCAUCUGAUUCUUAAAGGAGUAAUUAUCUUUAGAAAAAAAAAAAGUUUUUUUAAAAUGUUGAUUGUAUAUUUAUAGGUCAAUUCUUAAAAAAAAAAAAGAAACAUUGUGAACUCAUAUUUUAGAAUGUAAAUAUAAACGGUCAAAUUAGUUCAGUAAAACUGUUGUUUUUAUCUGUCCGAAUGGCAUGUGAAGGUAUGAACGUCUAGUAAGAAAGUCUUCCUUAUUUAUUUCUGUAAGAUAUGUAAAACUGUGAUGAUAAUUUUAAUGUAUUGAAUAUGUAAGAUAUUGCAAAAAACUUUUCAGAGUAUGGUACAUGUAUGUAUUUAAAAAUCUAUGUGCUGAUUACUGUUAAAAUGUAAUUUAUAUUUCAAUCCAAAACCUGAUUUGUGAAUAAUAACCAUACAAUAUUUAUUGCUUUUAUUUAUACAAAUCUUUUAUUAAGUCACUCUGACUGUCUGGUACAAUUUUUUACACAAUUAUUUACCUAUUAUUGUACCUAACAAAUUAUGAAUCAAUAAAAAAUUAACAAGUUAGUUACUUAAUUAUUGGUAACUAAUUUUAUUUUUUUUUUAUUGGGUAUCAAAAAAGGGAAAGAAAUGCUUUUUAUUCAGAGAUGUAUAUGGAGUUUUUCCCCUUAAUAUGCCUUCCCAUUCUCUGAUCAAGUUGACAUUUUGCUUAAUUAUUCAUAGUUGAUGGCAGUACAUUAAUCAAUUAAACAAUUAAUUAAUCAAUAGUGGUCAUCAAAUAAUUUGGUUUUAUAUAGCAGAAAGGAAGCUAAACCCUACCAUUGUGAGAUAUAUAAUAUAUAUGUAAUAGCAGUUCUUCCCCUUAGAUAAGCUUUGUCUUUUUUCCCUUUACCUUGUUAUUGUCUUACCUCAAAUCUUUGAAUCUUCCAGAGAACAAAAAAUGUUUGGCUGGGUUCAUCAACUGUUGUAAUUUUUUCUGUCUUUUUAUUUAUUUAUUUUUGUAUUAACUAAGCAAACUUUAUUUAUAAAGAUACUCAAAAAUGAUGUUUUAUAUCUGUUUAGGAUGUUUUCUUUUAAGUUUGUGAAUAAUGCUGCAUGCAUAUCAAUGACAUAUAAGGAAAUCACAAUUAGCCAAGACCAUUUUUAGCCUCAGUAUCUUAUUUUUUAAAUGUUCUAGACUUGGCUUUUUUUUGUUUAUGACUUAUUUUGCUAAAACCUGUUUUGUUAUGCAAGUCUUGUUUAGUCAUUUAUCAAGGAGAACUUUGUAAUACCUCUUUCAAUAUCACAUUAAACUUUUGAUUUCUUUACUGAC